AUGCCAGCACAGGCAAACGGACGGACAAUCGUGGCUAACGCGCAGAUCGCGGGCACCAGGACCCCCCAGAACACUCCGGCGAGCAACGCGCCCAUAUCUUCUCGUGCCCAACAGCCUGGCGUCGCCAGCAUCAAAGAGGAGGAUUUCGAUCGUGCGGCGGCAGCCUCAAUCUUCGCGAAGAACCCGGCGCUCGUCUCAAUGAUACAAGGCAAACUCGGCUCCUUGGUCGGACGGUCGUCGGGCUACAUCGAGUCGCUCCCCGCUCCCGUCCGCCGCCGCGUAGCCGGUCUCAAAGGCGUGCAGAAGGAGCACUCGAAGCUCGAGGCGGAGUUCCAGGAAGAGGUCCUCCAGCUCGAGAAGAAGUACUUUGCCAAGUUCACACCCCUCUACGAAAAGCGUGCCAAGAUCGUCAAUGGCGCACAAGAGCCCACCGAGGAGGAGGUGAAGGCCGGGGAGGAAGACGAAGAGAAGGACGAGGAUGACGAGGAGACCGAGAAGCCAACGGAGACCAAGUCCGAGGACGCUGCGGAUGUCAAGGGUGUCCCCGAAUUCUGGUUGUCCGCGAUGAAGAACCAAGUCUCGCUGGCCGAGAUGAUCACCGACCGCGACGAGGCUGCCCUGAAGCAUCUCACCGACAUCCGGAUGGAGUACCUCGACCGCCCUGGUUUCCGCCUGAUCUUCGAAUUCGCCGAGAACGAGUACUUCACGAACAAGACAAUCACCAAGACAUACUUCUAUCAGGAAGAGAACGGAUACGGUGGCGAUUUCAUCUACGACCACGCUGAGGGUGACAAGAUUGACUGGAAGCCGAACAAAGACCUCACAGUCAAGGUUGAGAGCAAGAAGCAGCGGAACAAGAACACCAAGCAGACUCGCGUCGUCAAGAAGACAGUCCCAACCGAGUCGUUCUUCAGCUUCUUCUCCCCACCGAAAACCCCCGAUGACGAUGAGGAUGACGCGACCUCUGACAUCGAGGAGCGUCUUGAGCUCGACUACCAACUCGGCGAAGACAUAAAGGAGAAGCUGAUACCGCGUGCCGUUGAUUGGUUCACCGGCGAGGCUCUGCAAUUCGAGCAAAUCGAGGAUGACUUCGAGGAGGGUGACUUCGAGGACGAGGACGACGAGGAGGAGGAUGAGCUCAGCGAUGACAGGGAUGAGGACGAUGAGUCUGACGAAGGCGAUGACGGCUCAAAGCCUAAACAGGAGGCUGCCGAGUGCAAGCAGAGCUAG